AACAACAACCAACGGUCGAAUCGAUAUGUAGACUCGUAGAGUCCAAGUUCACCGCUUCCUGAUCAUCCCCCGCCAGAAAAAAAAAAGCAACCCACGCCCAACCACGACAGUUUCUUCUGCCCAGCUACAUACAUCUUGACAAACACCUUCACCCUCAACCGAAAAAACAAUACAUAGAACGCCCUACAAACACAUAAAACAUUCCAGAGCAGAGAACAGCCGAGAAGCGAGCCCAUCUACCCAGAACCGAAUCGACCGAGUGUCUUUUCACAGUCAGCAAAAACCAACAACAACAACAGGAUGUCAUCAUACGCCACCAACCAUCAUCCGAAUGAGCACAAUAAUAACAGCAACAACACAUGCGACUAUCGCCCCGAAUACGACACCUCGAACCCGCACAAGUCCGGCUACCAAACCACCCAGACCACCGCCUCGGGCUCCUCCUAUGCCACCUAUGGCGUCUACGGCGACGUCGCCCAAUCCUCCGGCUCUAAUCUCGCCGGAAUCAGCUCCGCUUCUACCGCUAAUGGAUCCGUCUCCGGAACCCUUAGUUAUCGAAAACCGGAUGCCAAACGGAAGCUUGUCGUGACAGGAGAUGGAGGAUGCGGAAAAACGUGUCUACUGAUCAUGUACUCAGAGAACCGAUUCCCGGAGGCAUACAUCCCGACGGUCUUCGAGAACUAUGUGACGAUGGUCCCGUUCCCGACAGAUUCGUCCAAGUUUGUCGAGCUGGCGCUCUGGGACACUGCCGGCCAGGAAGAGUACGACCGGCUUCGGCCCUUGAGUUAUCCCGAAAGCGACGUCAUCUUCAUCUGCUUCGCCAUCGAUUUCCCCACAAGUCUCGCUAAUGUCACCGAUAAAUGGCAUCCCGAGGUCUCCCACUUCUGUGAAGGCGUCCCCUUGAUCCUCGUCGGAACCAAAAUCGAUCUACGGAAAGACCAACGAACGUCGGAUCUAUUAGCCGCCCAAGGGACAACGCCGAUCACGCCGCAACAAGGACAAGCGGUCGCGAAAGAGAUCGGCGCCACUUACAUGGAGUGUUCGGCCAAACACAAUAUCGGGGUCAAGGAGGUCUUUAAUGCUGCAUUGCGAUUGGCGAUGAGGGGCAGGAAGAUGGAGAAGAUGAAGCGUAGGGUCUGUAAGAUCCUAUGAGCUCUUCUCUCUCUCUCACCUCUCACCUCCUUCUUCUCCUAUUUUCACUUCGCCUUCCAAUCGCUCCCUUUCAUUUGGCAUCCUUUUUUUUCACAUCUACUUUCUUCCCCCCCCAUAUAACUGUUUUUUUGUGUUCUUCGUAAUCUUGUGUUCUUUUUCUUUCUUUUGCGUUGGCUUUUUACAUCCUCGAUGGAUUCUCUUUGCCCCCCCCCCCCAAAAAAAAGAUAUUUUCUGACAGUACAACCCUCGAAAACUCAUGAUUACCUGUUUCCUCUCUCCCAAAUCUUCUUUUUUUUGUUUGGUCUGGUUGAUUAUUAUUAAUACUAGUAUCUACAUAUCAUCAUUAUUAUUAUCUUUUCUCUCUUUUUUUUUAUCAGUAAGUUUUUUUCAUCGUUGUCCAUGACUGAUCACCUUUCCAAAAAAAACACACACAAACAAACCAAAGUAUAAUAAUGCUUACU